UUAGCCAAUUUUAUACCCAAAAUGAAGCAAAUAUCACAAUUAAAACACCUGUCAUCUAUUGGGAUCGAUAUCCUUAGCUAUCUCAACGAAUCAGAUAAUACGAUUGUGGGAUUAUGUUUUAGUAUAUGUCGGUUCGUUGGCACUAGUAAAUGAAGCGUCACCAACAAGACUUUUGUAUCAUCACACCGAACACAAACGCACGGAUACGCACAGCCAGGAUACGGGCAGCCCGGGAUGCAACAGCAGUCGACUGUAGUGGUCGGCGGCGCUCCGCAGACAAUGGUCAUUAUGCAGGAGUCCAAGCCGGACAACCACGUGUGCAUGGCCGUUUUCACGUGCCUCUGCUGCUUCUGGCCAAUCGGACUGGCAUCUUUGAUCUUUGCUUGCAUGGUGGAUUCCCGAUGGGAGUCAGGUGACAGAGAGGGCGCGAAAUCUGCCUCCAGGACCGCCUCCACUCUCUGGAAGAUCGCCCUGGGUCUCGGCUUAGCAGCGAUCAUCAUCGUCGUCAUCAUCGUCCCCGUGUACUUCUUAGUCAUCCUCCCGGCCCAAGUUAUCAACGCUAUUGGCUAACUCGAUCCCUUUUUUACUGGUAGGGUGGCCCGAACAUGUUGGUAACAUUAAAACGAGAAUUCAACAUCAAAAGCUCUCUGUACAGGAUGAUUAUAAUGCAACAAAGGAGGAGGUUACCUGAAAAAUCGCAAACAGAAAACAGGUCAUUACUUGGCAGAACACAACUUUGGAAAACUAUCAAGUUCUUAAUAGCAUUAACAAAAAGUUCUUCCUUAGAUUUGCGUGAUUCCAAAACUGUGAAUUCGAUUCGAAAUUAUCAACAAAAGUCCAACAUUUCUGGACAAGAUUAUAAGGGAAUUCAAAUACAUUUUGUACCAACAAACCAACAACGUUGCCAACAUACAGGUUUAGACAUGAUUAUUGACAUACGUGUGAAAACAUGGAUCCAUGGAUGAAUAGCUAUUUUGCUUAUAUGGAGUUGUUUGGUGGUAUUCUUUAUAAGCUUAUAUUAUUGUAAAUUGCAGAGAAUGAUUUUUAUAUACGAGUGCUGUGAUAUUGAUAUAUAUGAAAAUUCUGACGGCUCUGUACAAAAUGUACCUUCAGUAGUGAAUGAACUUUAUUGCUCAACAAUCGUACAAGGUACAAUGUAUGGCAACUAAUAACAACUUAUAGCUAUAUAGACAAUAUGCUUGGUUUCUAUUCCGAGUACGCAUGUGCGGCGGCAUGAAUUGUGGGUAAGUCAAAGUUGAAGGCCCCUGAGACAUAAACAAAAUACGUUUGGCCAUUGUUAUGCAAAUGAGAGAACGGUCGAGUCGAGAACUGUUUACAAGCCAGGGGCUUUCAACUUUGACCUGAGGCAUGCCAUACGUACUAAGAAUGGUCAUAACAAGCUUAUAUAUGUACCUAUUGGUUUCAUAUCAAGCAGAACGUAAUAACCUCAAGCCAUAGUAUACAACCAUAAAGACACAGUAUACAGCUUUUUACACAGAGGAAUGUAAUGCAUGUAAUAUAGUUUAGAAGAAAAACGCCCCUGGAAAUCUUGGAAAGUUAUCAAGGUUAAUAUAUGUUGAUUUGAUUUGUCAUCUAACUUUCCUUGUGUUAUGAAAUUCAUUUAGACAAUUUCUUAUCUUACAUGGCAGGAGGUAGUUUUUUUUGCCAUCUACGUGUGACUUAAAGAAUACUUGCAGCAGAUGUUCUUUUCUGUCGUAAUAAAAUGUUUCUCAAGCUGAA